UGGAGUCAAAAAUGGAAAAACGGUGAACCUAGUUAAAACUACAGCGCUGGUUGGUUAUUUGAGUUCAGAGGUAGAAGCAGAACGCAGAGCGAGACCUAGGAAGAAGCACGACCUCAACACUCGCCACCGACGACCACCGCGUCAACACGAUGAUUGAUGAUCAGGAUCUGGGUUUCAUUGCCAAUUUUCUUGGCGUCUUCAUCUUUGUGUUGGUGAUAGCUUACCACUAUGUCAUGGCUGACCCGAAAUUUGAAGGAAACUAGGAACACUUUGCAGUGGAAAAAUGUAAUGUUUCAUGUUGUAGACUGAGAUGCUUCGUGAAUGGGAAUCAAUUUGAUACAAUUAUGAACUUGAGAUCGGCAAUGUGAAUGUUAGUUUACUGUUAAACUUUUAUAUACAUCAAAGGAUCAUAAUAGCUUAAAUUUUUUAUA